AGAUCCAGGUCGAUUCGGAGUAUGGAUGGGAGUCACCCGGGGGGGAAACCUGGUUGUCGUGGAGCUGGAGUAGUGUCCUUGGAGGCCGUGAGGGCCACGAAUGGAAGGAGUCCGGAGGGCACUUCCCAGGUUACCUACUCGGCUUAAUAGUCGCCAAAUAGUGAGGGAGCCAGACUGGGCGGGCGACCCCCGGCGUCGAACAUUCCACGGAUUGCCGUCAGACCCGGCCCCACUGCGAGGUCAGCUGCCCGACCAGUUUUGCGGGUGGAGUCGAGUCGAGGCCCUUUUCUUUUUUUUUCCUUUCCUGUUCAGUGCCUGUGCCCUGGUAACGCGGCCUUCCUACAUACCUAUUCGGUCACCACCUGUGGUUAUCCAACACCAUCCCACCCCAUCUCUCCCCGGAAGUUUAAUCCAUCGUACAAACUAUGCGGCCAAGUGUGCGACACGUAAAAAAAUCACCCCAUAAUGGAAAUCACGAGACAGAACUAGCAUGGGGUAACCUGGCAGCCAGGUGGUGGGAAGAAGUGGUGGUGGUAGUGGUAGUGGUGGACUGACUGACUGACCGAGCGAUACGGGCCAUACAACUAGUGGUACAGCAUACAGUCGGAUACGGAGAAGCAAGUCUAGACCCGGGGAUCAACCGCUUGCAGAAUCUGCCAGAUCAGAUGGUCACCACCACGGAUUCCUCCUUUGGGCGUUCCGUCGGUCAGAGUCCA